GAUAGUGUUUCAAUAGACUUAUCAAUUUUUCUGCUGAGGUCUGAAUUUUUCGAAUAUAUAAGCUCGAAGAUGCAGGAGGAUCAGCACACUUGUCGAGCCGAUCAAAUUCGCAAUCGGUUUCAAAAUGUUGAAGAAGUUUCUGUUGUGCUUCUUAGUGGGGCUUUCUUUCGCCCGUCAAGACAGCCCAGCAUGGAAAGAAAAUACCGAAUACACAUAUGAGGUUUACGGAAGAUCCCUAUCUAGCUUGAAAAUUUCCGACAAAUACACUGGAAUUCUACUGAAAGCGAAAUUCAUCGUUCAAACACAGGAUAACGGUAACCUCAGAUGUAAGAUCUCUAAUCCUGAAUAUGCCGAAAUUCAGUCUCAUAUGCCAGAAGGAUGGAUGUCGAAUAUCUCUGAUAGCAAAGUUAGCUAUCAGCCAUUGGAAAUAUCUCAGAAACCCUUCGAUGUUAUACUGAAAAAUGGAGUGGUCAAGGAUCUCGUCAUGGAACAUGAUGUAGAGCAAUGGGAAGCCAAUAUCAUCAAGAGUUUCGUCAGUCAGCUUCAGUUGGAUACUAGAGCAGAAAAUGUGAAACCUUGUGAGAACAACAUUCUCCCGAAAGAGGGAUCAAACAAUGCUGUAUUCAAAACUCUGGAAGAUACCGUGACUGGUAUUACUGAAACCAACUACGACAUUCACCCAAUGCCCGAGUAUAUGCUUCAAUCCAAACCCUACUUGGCUCCUUACCCCCAUCUAAAGGGAGAUGGAUCUAUCAUUGAGAUCGUCAAAAACAAGAACUUCACUGGAGGACACGAUUUGCCAUCUUACUAUUUCCGUUUUGGAAAAGCUGGUCAUUACGAACCUCAAAGUAAUAAAAUGGGGCAACUCGUACAUAGGAAUUCCAUGGGAAGGACAGUUAUAACUGGAACACUCCAAAGAUUCACCAUUCAGUUCUCCGAAACCGUCAACGAAGUUAUUCUCUCUGUCAAAGGUGUUGAACGUGGAUCAGUCAACAGUAUGAUGAGAAUAAAAUUGGUGAAUGCUGAACAGCAAAACAGCCAAUUUCCAGAAAUCUCAAGCCCAGUCCAUGUUGGCAGCCUAGUUUACUCAUACGAAAAACAAAAGAGCGGUAACAAAGUUACAGAGGGAAAAAUGUACCGAGCCUCAGAAUAUCAAUCAGGUUUCGAGAGUUCAUCUGAAUCUAGGGAUCAAUAUUACAGCAACUUCCACAAAAGACACCCCAGAUCUCUGGUUCGUCAGUAUGACUCUGACAACUCCAUUGAAUCUCAAGAACAAUGGACUGAACCCAAAUCCCAUUUGAGCGACUCUCCCAGAUUCCCCCUAUUGCCAUACUUCGUUGGAAACAAGGGAGAAUCCAUUGUGAAAUCACCAAAGAUCAGAAUCGUAGAUUACGUUUACAGCAUUUCUCAGGAAAUUGGACAAGAUAUUGAGACUCCCCAAGAACUGCCUAAGAAACAAACUCUGUCCAAAUAUGCCAUACUGACUGCAGUACUCCGUACAAUGAAUGAAGAUGAACUUAAACAAGCUGCUCAAAGAUUGUACACACAAGAAACCCAAGGACCCAAAUACAAUGCCUGGGUUGUUUUCAGGGACUCUAUUGCUGAGACUGGUACUGGACCAGCUUUCAUGGUCAUCAAAUAUUUCAUUGAAUCUAAGAAAAUACAUGGAAACGAAGCUGCCAUGGUUAUUAUAAGUAUGGCGGAAUCUACCAGAGUACCAUCCGAAGAAUAUAUCAGAGCAUUCUAUGAACUGGUCAAGAAUCAACUCGAAAAACCAAAUGACCACUCAUCGUUGAAUGAAACUAUGCUUUUCACCUUUUCCAGUCUUGUUCAUAAAGUAUAUGUUAAUUCGGAAUACUCACACAGAGAGUACCCAACUCAUAGCUUUGGAAGAUUCGAUACUCAGUCAGGACAAGAAUUCGUCAAGAAUGAAGUUGUACCAUACUUCACCAAGAGCUUACGAGAUGCUGUCAAGGAUGGAGACUCCCAGAAAAUUUAUGCAUACAUCCACGCAUUGGGAGAAAUUGGACAUCCUGACAUAUUCAAAUCAUUCGAACCAUAUCUUGAAGGAAAAACACCUUGCUCCCAAUUCCAAAGAUUAUUGAUGGUCUUGUCAUUAUACAGAGUGUCUAUCGUUGAACCCAAAUUAGCGAGAUCUGUGUUGUACCGCAUCUAUCAGAAUAUUGGUGAAACCACUGAAAUCCGAGUUGCUUCAGUGUACAUGUUAAUGUAUACAUCACCCUCCGCAGAAAUGCUCCAACGCAUUGCUAAAUACACUAAAAUUGAAUCCAACCACAGAGUGUGCGCAGCUGUUAAAUCGGCUAUACUGUCCGCUGCUCAUUUGGAAGGAGAUGAUUUCGCCAGCUUGAGAUCAGCCGCAGAGUCUGCUACUCACUUCCUCACCGAGAAAGACUUUGGAGUACAGGAUUCUCAAGAGUUCUCAUAUAGUCAAGCUUUCCAUAGCUGGGAAUCUUACUACAAACACGUGCUUCAAACAGUUGUUUCCGAAGAAUCCGGAAUUCCAUCAUCUUUCUACUACAGCUUCAGCGGAAAAGGAAAUGGUUUGAAAUACAAUUCGUUCAGUCUUCAAUCUGUCGUUUCCGACAUCCGCAACCUCUUCUACGUCUUGCAAAAACAAACAACAUGGUACGACCAACAACAGAGCCAACAAAAAUCUUCUCAACAAUCAGAAAGUUGUUCAUGGGGAAGUUACAAUAUUGCUCGCUUAUUGAAUUUCCAAACUCCUGAACUGGAACAGCUUGAAGGAGGUCUGUUCGUACAUCUUGGUGAAUUGAGAAAGCAUUUUAUCUUCAAUAACCGUUCGAUCGAGAGAUUACCCCAAAUUCUGGAAGAGGCUCUGAGAACCCUCGAAAACGGGAAAAACAUUAAAUACACAACUCUGAUCAACAAUGGUGAUUGGGCACUCGCUUUCCCUACUGAAAUUGGUAUUCCAUUCGUCGCAGCUCAUGAUUUGCCAAUUCUCAUCAAUAUCGAAGGAUCAGUGAAAACCUCUUCUGAACCGAAAAUUUCGUCCGGCAACAAACUGACUAUUCCCGAUACCGUUCAAAUGGAAGCUAACUUGAAAAUCACUCUUUCAGCUAAAGAAAGAGACGAGUUUGGAUUCUUCGCUCCAUUCAAUCAUCGUCAAUACUCUGCAGGAUACGACAAGAACGUUCAGGUGUAUCUACCUGUCAGAGCCAAAGUAACAAUCGACGUUAAGAGCAAAAAUGUUGAAUACGAAGUUGAACCUUUGGAAAAUGAGGAAGAAGUUAAAGUAUUCCAUUUGAGCUCCUGGCCACACAUUUCUGUAUUCGACAUACUCGAUUUGAAAUCUACUGUAAGGAGGAACACUCUUGAACAAGUUCACAGGCCUGUUCAGAAGAGAUUCGAAGCAGUGUUCGGUGACAAAGCAGUAGGAAUGGCUUUCCGUGUCAAAUACGAAAAUGAUGACUCCCGUCUUAAUAUUCAAUCUAUGUUCAAAGGAUUAUACGAAGAUAGAACCCAACAUGAGUUCCUCGAUGUUGAAUACGUUCCUGAACUUUCCAAAAACAAGAAGCUGAAGGGAACAUUCACUUACAUGAGGGGCCAACAGAAAGAAUACCAAUCAAUUGACAGGAAGACAAUGUUGAACUAUUUGGCUAAAUUGCCAACUGAUAAGAACGCCCGCGUUGCUGAACUCAUGAAAUAUGCUCCAUUUGGUAUUAAGAAUGCCGAUGUUGAUGUUUUUGAUUCUAAAAUUCAGUUUUCUGGAAAUCAGAACGUUGAUUACGUAGUAUCCUGGGCAUAUGCAAGAAAUCAGGAAAACUCGAAGUCUCGUAUGUUGGCAUACGUCCAAAAACAGAGCAAAAUCUCAGGAAGCAAACCAUUCCAAGCUGCUGCAUGUGGUCAGUACGAUAAGGCGAGAUACUCUGGGCUUGACAUGAACUACGUCAUGAAGACAGAUCUUACUUCCCACGCUUAUGUAGAUAUUGCCUUCGACGAUAAACUCCCAAGCGACAACCAAAUUGAAUUCCAUGCCCAAUUCAAGAGGAGUGAUGCUCGUAAAUCUUACCUGAUGGAGCAACCUUCCUAUCACAAAUGUUACAAUGAGAUGCAACAAGGUAACAAACAACUCCUUGCCUGUGCAAAUGUCACACAAAUGGCAGGUCUCCUCGACUCAGUCGACAUCAAGGUCAAUUACCACAACAUGCACUCAAAGGACAUGCAGAACAUUAUGAGUUUCUGUCAGAAAUACUUUGGCCGCGUAGAAGUUGAACAUACAAGACAAUCCAAACUCAAGCAAGGAGAAUUCAAUGCAAAGGUGCGAUUCUCUCCCGAUCUUCAUUAUGUGAAUGCCACAGUUGCCAGCAAAGACGCCCAACUUCGUUUGAAAAACACUAAGGUCCACGAAUGGGCACAGCGCGUGCUUGUUCUUCAUCCAGUGUUCGAUGCUAUGGACCGUUUGGAAGGAAAAUUAUAUGGACAAAAAACAUACAAACCAAUUUGCACCAUGGAUAAGACCGCAGCAUACUCUUUCGACGGAAGUGAAUAUCCCUUAACAUUGAACAACUUCUGGACUGUUGUUUUACAAUACAUACCAUUUAGAUCAUCUGACGACUCGCAAACUUCUGUUGAAGAACAACUCAAACACGAACUCGAGAAUUACGUGAUACUUGCUCGUCAAAGCAGCAAAGGAUCAAACAACAAGGACGUUAAAAUUGUGGUUUCCACCCCAGCAACUCAAGGAAGAAUAGUUGAAGUCACCCUGAAACCAGCAAGUGGCAGUUACCCUCAAGUAUACGUUGAUGGCCAACAAAUCAGUGUCAGGGAAAAUGGAGAUUCUGAAACUUAUAAGAGCCAAGUAUCCAUCCUUGGUCUUCCAAACAGAGAAAUCUACGUCAAGGUCCACAAUGCCUUCUACGUUAUUUAUGACGGAACCCGUGUGAAGGUCACUUCUCUCAGCAUGAAUUUAAGGAACAGGAUUCGUGGACUCUGUGGAACUUUCGAUGGUCAGAAAUCUGACGAUUUUACAACCCCGAACAAUUGUGUAGUUCGUGAUCCUCAAGAAUUCAUCGCAAGCUACACCGUAUUGAAAGAAGGCGAACACAACUCCCAUAUCAUGGAUCUCAAGAGUCGCUCACAGAAGAACCACUGCAGUUACAAGAGAGUUCCAAUCUACGUCAAUUACAUCAGUCAAAAUGAAGAAUAUACAUCUUCAACCAGUACAUCAUGUACCAAAUUCCAGACUCGCUACGUGGUUGAGAACGGGCAAAUCUGUUUCACAAUUAGACCUUUGACUGUUUGCAAACCUCAUUGUAGAAAACAGGGAUCCAUUUACAAGGACAUCGAAGUUCACUGUGUUCAAAGCCGAAAUGUGGCAUCUUUGUGGAAAACUCAGAUCGACAAUGGUGCAAGUCCUGACUUCAGCGAGAAAUCAGUCACCAAAACUGUUCAAUUAGAAAUACCCCAAACAUGUCAAUCUUCUUGAAUGGUUUGGGCUACUUUGUAUAAAUUAUAAGGAGCAUCCCAAAAAUGAAUAAAAAUAAAGAAUAAAUAAUCAUUUCAUGAA